CGUCGCCCGUCCGCGGCCUCUGGAGUGAGCAGGCGGUAGCCGGCGAGCCGGCGAGCGGACAGCAGGGCGGGCCGACGGUGAGCGUGGCCUGCUCUCUCCGAGGAGGGAAGAAGAGGUCGUGUUUCCGGUCUCCGGGAUCCCCCAGCCCCGCAGCCUGCCCCGCCGGCGAAGGAGAAGCUGAGGAGCCGCCGCCGCCCGGCGCCGCCGCCAUGGCUGCCAUGAUGGGUCGGAAGUGAGCCUGCGGGCGACGGUGCCGGCGCGGGCGCUGCAGCCCCGGUCCCGGCCGCUCCGCCGGGGAAGCGCGACGCCGCGGACCGCGGGCCCUAGGCCUUCGCGACCCCAGCCCCUCGGCUCGGCCCGUUUCCUCCAAGACUGAACGGCGGGGAGUGGCUCCCGGCCUCCGGCCCCGUCAGCCAGGAAGAUGGCGGACCCGGCCGAGUGCAACAUCAAAGUGAUGUGUCGCUUCAGACCGCUGAACGAGUCCGAGGUGAACCGCGGCGAUAAGUACAUCGCCAAGUUUCAGGGAGAAGACACGAUCAUGAUCGCGUCCAAGCCUUAUGCAUUUGACCGGGUGUUCCAGUCAAACACAUCUCAAGAGCAAGUGUAUAAUGACUGUGCAAAGAAGAUUGUUAAAGAUGUGCUUGAGGGGUACAAUGGAACCAUAUUUGCAUAUGGACAAACCUCCUCCGGGAAGACACACACAAUGGAGGGUAAACUUCAUGAUCCAGAAGGCAUGGGAAUUAUUCCAAGAAUAGUGCAAGAUAUUUUUAAUUAUAUUUACUCCAUGGAUGAAAAUUUGGAAUUUCAUAUUAAGGUUUCAUAUUUUGAAAUUUAUUUGGAUAAGAUAAGGGACCUGUUAGAUGUUUCAAAGACCAAUCUUUCAGUUCAUGAAGAUAAAAACCGAGUUCCCUAUGUAAAGGGGUGUACAGAGCGUUUCGUAUGCAGUCCAGAUGAAGUUAUGGACACCAUAGAUGAAGGAAAAUCCAACAGACACGUAGCAGUUACAAAUAUGAAUGAACAUAGCUCUAGGAGUCACAGUAUAUUUCUUAUUAAUGUAAAACAAGAGAACACGCAAACGGAACAAAAGCUGAGUGGAAAACUUUAUCUGGUUGAUUUAGCUGGUAGUGAAAAGGUUAGUAAAACUGGAGCUGAAGGUGCUGUGCUGGAUGAAGCUAAGAACAUCAACAAGUCCCUUUCUGCUCUUGGAAAUGUCAUUUCUGCUUUGGCUGAGGGUAGUACAUAUGUUCCAUAUCGAGAUAGUAAAAUGACAAGAAUCCUUCAAGAUUCAUUAGGUGGGAACUGUAGAACCACUAUUGUAAUUUGCUGCUCUCCAUCAUCGUACAAUGAAUCUGAAACAAAAUCUACACUCCUGUUUGGUCAGAGGGCCAAAACAAUUAAGAACACAGUUUGUGUCAAUGUAGAGUUAACUGCAGAACAGUGGAAAAAGAAGUAUGAAAGAGAAAAAGAAAAAAAUAAGACCCUGCGGAACACCAUUCAGUGGCUUGAAAAUGAACUCAACCGAUGGCGUAAUGGAGAGACAGUGCCUAUUGAUGAACAGUUUGACAAGGAGAAAGCCAACCUGGAAGCUUUUGCAGUGGAUAAGGAUAUUACUAUUACCAAUGAUAAACCAGCAGCCACAAUUGGAGUUACUGGAAACUUUACUGAUUCUGAAAGAAGAAAGUGUGAAGAAGAAAUUGCUAAGUUGUACAAACAACUUGAUGACAAGGAUGAAGAAAUUAAUCAACAGAGCCAAUUGGUAGAGAAACUGAAGACACAAAUGUUGGAUCAGGAAGAGCUUCUGGCAUCUACCAGAAGGGAUCAAGAUAAUAUGCAGGCUGAGCUGAAUCGUCUUCAGGCAGAAAACGAUGCCUCUAAAGAAGAAGUAAAGGAAGUUUUACAAGCCUUAGAGGAACUUGCUGUCAACUAUGAUCAGAAGUCUCAGGAAGUUGAAGACAAAACUAAGGAAUAUGAGUUACUUAGUGAUGAGCUGAAUCAGAAAUCGGCAACUUUAGCAAGUAUAGAUGCUGAGCUUCAGAAACUUAAGGAAAUGACCAAUCACCAGAAGAAGCGAGCAGCGGAGAUGAUGGCAUCUUUACUAAAAGACCUGGCAGAAAUAGGGAUUGCUGUAGGAAACAACGACGUAAAGCAGCCUGAGGGAACUGGCAUGAUAGAUGAAGAGUUCACUGUUGCAAGGCUCUACAUUAGCAAAAUGAAGUCAGAAGUGAAAACCAUGGUGAAGCGCUGCAAACAGCUAGAAAGCACACAAACUGAGAGCAACAAAAAAAUGGAAGAAAAUGAAAAGGAGUUAGCAGCAUGCCAGCUUCGUAUCUCUCAACAUGAAGCCAAAAUCAGAUCAUUGACUGAAUACCUUCAAAAUGUGGAGCAAAAGAAAAGACAGCUGGAGGAGUCUGUGGAUUCCCUCAGUGAAGAGCUAGUCCAGCUUCGAGCACAAGAGAAAGUGCAUGAAAUGGAAAAGGAGCACUUGAAUAAAGUUCAGACUGCAAAUGAAGUUAAGCAAGCUGUUGAACAGCAGAUCCAAAGCCACAGAGAAACGCAUCAAAAACAAAUUAGUAGUUUGAGAGAUGAAGUCGAGGCAAAAGAAAAACUUAUCACUGAUCUUCAAGACCAGAACCAGAAGAUGGCAUUAGAGCAAGGACGCCUGAGAGCGGAGCACGAGAAGCUGAAGGCUGCAGAGCAGGACAAGAGCAGGAAGCUGCGUGACCUUACGGUUAUGCAAGAUAGACGAGAACAAGCGAGACAAGACCUGAAGGGUUUGGAAGAGACGGUGGCGAAGGAACUUCAGACUUUACACAACCUGCGGAAGCUCUUUGUUCAGGACCUGGCCACCAGGGUUAAAAAGAGCGCCGAGGUUGAUUCGGACGACACCGGAGGCAGUGCCGCUCAGAAGCAAAAAAUCUCCUUUCUCGAGAAUAAUCUUGAACAACUCACCAAAGUCCACAAACAGCUGGUACGUGAUAACGCAGAUCUUCGCUGUGAGCUUCCUAAGCUGGAAAAGCGACUCAGAGCUACAGCUGAGAGAGUGAAAGCUUUGGAGUCGGCGCUGAAAGAGGCCAAAGAAAAUGCAUCUCGCGAUCGCAAACGCUAUCAGCAGGAAGUAGAUCGUAUAAAGGAAGCAGUCAGGUCAAAGAAUAUGGCCAGAAGAGGGCAUUCUGCACAAAUUGCUAAACCUAUUCGUCCUGGGCAGCAUCCAGCAGCUUCUCCGGCUCAUCCCAGUGCAGUUCGUGGGGGAGGUGCAUCUGUGCAGAAUGGCCCGCCGGCGGCCGUGCGAGGUGGAGGAGGGAGAUGAAGAAUUAUCAGAAAGAUAAUUAUCAAGAAGAUAAAUGUCAUCCAGAGACACCACCCAAUAUAUUGUGUUAAAAGUAAUUGAAGUAUGAAGAGGACAUUAUAUCAAUGACUAUAGCCUGUAUCCCUUGGGAACUUUAGAAUUAUAACCUUUUUUUAGUGUAUAAAUUGUACCUGGCCUGUACAGCUGUUUCCUGCCCUCUCUUCUCGUAAACUCUGCUGCUUCCCAACACAACUAGAGUGCAAUUUUGGUGUCUUAGAAGGGAAAAACGACAGUUUACAACUGUGGCCCUAUUUAUUACACAGUUUGUCUUUCAUGUCUUCAGUUUCGUCUUCACUGUGCCAACCUAACUGUGUCAUACAGGACUGUGCUUUUUGUACUUGUUUUUUUGUGUUUAUUUUUUAAUCUCGGUUUAAGUUACCUAGCUGCUACUGCUUGUUGUUUUUCUUUUCUUAUUAAAACAAUAUUUUAGGGGAAAUGGAACCUUUAGAUUAAAUGUCUUAAAUUUUACCACUUAUAACACUACAUGCCCACAAAUUAUAUCAGGUCAGUACUGUACUUUAAAAUCCCUUGAAAUGACUUCGGAGUUAAAAAUUAUCUGUAUCAUCUCUGAAGUUUGCUUCUGAAAACUACUCUUUGAGCACUGAAACCUUUAAAACUGCCUAACUAGACAUUUGAGACUGAGCAAGGCUACUUAAUUAUCUCAUGAAAUGACUGUUGUUGAAUUAUCUUGAAUAGAAAUACUGUACAAUAUCAAAAGCAAAUCUUUUGCUUUUGUUUAGGAAGGAGAGUUUGGAAAAGGAAUUUAUUUCUGUUCUUCCCAGUGCUUUAAUCCACAUAGAUUGAUGGAAUGAAAACACCCUGCUUUGUUUUGGUGAGCCCACUAGUUAAUAUAAGAAUUGGAUGGAUAAUGGUUUGUCAUCUUAAUAUAGUGAAGGUGAACUAAGAUAUUAUAGGAUUAAACAUAAUUUUAUAUUGUUAGUACCGUAUUGGUUGAUCUAAAUUUAUAGCCUAUGGAAAUUGAGAAAAAAUGUGGAAGGACAAGACAAAUAUAUGGUAAAUUUAUAAAUAUAUAGGUUAAAUGUUGGUCUGAAAUCCCUGAGGUUUUUUACCUGGUACACUAAGUCAUACACUAUAAUUUAUUUCUUGUUUAGUCUAGAAGUAGUAAAUUAUUUGCAAGUCACUAACAAUCCUCAAAUAAAUUAUUUUGUUGGCGGUAGCUGGUAUUUUUGUUGUUAAGUGUACCUUUUAUUCCUCAGAUGGUUAAACUAAGUCAGCAGUUUGUUUUAGAAGCUAUGAAAGUAACAGGGGAAGAGAUUUCAAUAUUUGCUUCAUCAGUUGGGGGUGGGUAACUGCAACUGUGUUAGCAGAAAUUUGCAGAGAAUGGGGAUUUAAGGUUACUCAGAAGAGAAAGUUGGAAAGUUCUGUGUUAGGAUCUGGGUGGCAGAAUUAGCUUUUCGAAAAAGUUUUAUAUACAGAUAUUUGUAUUAAAUUUGGAGCCGUAGUCAGAAGACUCAGAUCAUAAUUGGCAUAUUUUUCUAUUUCCUUAACUGUUGCAAUUUCCACUUUUAUAAUAGUUUUGAUUUAAAAGAUAAAUUUAUUUUUUUAACAGUGAAAAAUCCUUGCUGUUACGACCUGCAACCUUAAAAAUUAUUGUUUUUAGGAAUGAUCAAAAGAAACACUCCAAAAAUUGAGAUGAAACCUUGUAGAGCAGCAAGAUUGAAGCAGUGCAGUUCACUAAAAAAAAGUGCUACCGCCUAUUUGUGAUGAUAGUUUUCUAAAUGGAGAAAUGUUUGGCUGCAUUCACAUAGACAUUUGUAUUUUGUUUUAAAACGAAAGCUUGCUUUUUGGGCAGUAUUCUUAAAUGAAGCAGAAUUUUUUUUCUCUCUUUUGUCUGAAUAUGGUAGUUUCAUUUUACAAGAUACAUCAUGGUAUUGGUACUAUGUAGCAAACGAUGAAUUGUAACUAGCAUGUUGUUCGGAGUAUACAAUGCUAGGGGUUUUUAAAUAUCUUAAUGGUUCUUUUCUAUUUAUAAUUUCAAACUUUCACAAAAUGUACAGAGAAUUUCCUAAAUUUGUUUUCACUGAACUGCUUUUGCUAUGGUAGGUCAUUAAACACAGCAUUUACUCUUAUAAAUGAAAAUUUCUGAUCAUCUGGAACAUUGACACUAUUUCAAUUUGCAGUGUCUUUUUUUUUGACUGACUAUAUUAAUGUUCUUCUGAAUGGUAUUGAUAAAUGGUUCAGAAGAGAAACUCAGUGAAAUAAAAGUAAUAUUUAUUCAUGGUGAUCAAUUAAAUUAUUUGCCUAAUUUAAGAAAACUACUGUGCAUAACUCAAUUUGACAGGAGGUGAUAGAAAAGAGUCUGAGUCCGCCUGUGGAAUAUGUUGGUUUCUUUUCAGUGCUUGAAGAUACAUUCAAAGAUAAUUGGUUUGGGAAGGCGCCAUAUAAUUUUAGUUAACCUGCAUGCUGUAAAUGUCUUCUAUGUUUAAAUAAAGAGGAAAAAAUUUUUGGAAACGUAAUGACUUUCUUAAAUCUCAAUUCAGUGACGUACUAGGUUGAUUUUACGUGACCAAGUGGCCUUUCUUGACAGAACAGUGACCAAUAUGUCAUUAUAUAUUCACGUGCAUUUUGUCCCCUAAUGUAUUGCAUAUGCUUUGGACAUCAAGUAUUAAAUAUGUAGGCUGAAGAAUUAAGAGCUAGAGAUGAACCAUCAGUCUCACUUACGUUAUUUUACAUUAGUGUAGCCUGAUACAUGAUGAGGACACUUCGCCGUGUUAUUCUUCCCUCAAAACUAUUAACCCCCGUCUGAUCAUGAGAAAAACAUCACACUAACCAAGGACAUUCUACCAAAUGCCUGACCAGUACUCUUCCAAAGUGGAAAGGUCAUGGAAAACCAGGAAGAUAAGUCUGAGGAGACUUGGGAGACUUGACAGCCAGACGCAGUGACGCAGGGCGGUGUCCUGGGUUGGACCCUGGAACAGUAGAAGGACAUUGGGGAAAACUGGUGAAAUCUGUUAGCCAUAAUGUGCCAGUUAAUUUCUUAGUUUUGACAAAGGUGCAGUGGUGAUGUGAGAUGGUACAUUAGGAGGAGGAGUAUGAGGGGGCUCUCUGUAUUACCUUUGCUACUUUUCUGUAAGUUAAAAUUAUUCUGAAAUAAAAGGUUUAUUUACUAAUUUAUAAGGCAUCAAGCCACAAAGAACAACAGAGGAGACCACAAGCAGGAAAGCAAAACUCAGCAGACACCUGACUCAACCAGCAGUGGGGAACGCCAGGGAGCGACUCGGUAUCCCCCCCGGAGCACCCCUAAAUGGUCAUGAAUGUGACCUCCGUACCGCUGGAAGUAGUGGAAAUAGGCUGAAAUAGGACUAGUCGAAAUUCUGUCUAGACCUUUCCGUUUGACCUGCAUAUCCCUUCUUCAACGCUGCACAGCUUGCCAACUGCCUCUCUAACAUCCCAGGGCUUAUGCUUUCCAGCCAGGAGAUGAGAAGACUUCGGUGAAAAGUUUGACAGCUGAUACAAGGAGUACCCAAAGAAGCACAGUUUCAGAAAUGCCACAGUCAACAGUCCUAUUCCUAGGAACCAGUUGCUUCCAGUCAGCUCCAUCGUGUCCCCACCUCAAAUAUGUGCAGACAGCCAAGGGUCACGAAGCGUGUGAAGAAAGCCUUUACGAUGACAGGAUCAAAACAAAAUAAUAAUAAUAAUAUGGAGCAAAGUGGAACUGUGAAAGGGGAAGAAAGCAUU